ACAGACACACUUGGGUGUUUGGGGAGCAAGGCUGCAGGACUGCGGAGGGCCCAGUGCAUGGGGGACCAGUGGCAAAGUUCGCCCCUCAACCACCGCAGCUCGGAGGCCGGAGGCAGGCCAGAUGGGGGCCGGGACAACGAGGUCCCGGGCAUGGGCAUGCAGGGCGUGGUGUCCAGAAGCCGAAGGACCACGGACACCGGGCACCCACAUGACGGGGAGCUGAGAUUUGAAGACCAAGAAGAGGAGACCCUCCCAGAGGAGGUGACUGGGGAAGAAGUCCCCAGCCCCCGGAACCCCGAGGUGGCCCUCGAGCAGCUGGACAGGGUUCUGGAGAAAGAUGCGGAGGAGAGCGUCUCUGAGAUGAGCCGGCUGUCCAUCACCCAGAGGUUCCCCAGCUUCUCCUCGGUCAGAGGGAGGAAGAGGAGGGGGAGGGCCUUUGAGCUGGCCAAGCCCAAGACCAACUGGCAAGUCUUGAAAGACAGGCUGGGGUGCUGCUGUGAGGGCUAUGCCUGGGUGUCCCCGCGAAGGAGGAGCUUGGAGUUCUGUGUCUACUGGCCGUCUGUGUACUGGACAGAGAGGUUUCUCGAAGACACCACCCUUACCAUCACAGUGCCAGAGGUGUCCCGCCGAGUGGAGGAACUGGCUCGACCUAAAAGGUUCUAUUCGGAGUAUUACAACAACAACAGGACCACCCCAAUCUGGCCCGUUCCUCGGUCUUCCCUGGAAUACCAAGCUUCUAGUCGCCUGAGGGAGCUGGCUGCCCCGAGGGUCCGGAACAACAUCUGGAGCAUAAACAUGUCUGAGGUGUCCCAGGUAUCCAGGGCAGCCCAGAUGGCCAUCCCCAGCCCAAGGAUCCUACGGCUGGCAAAGCCCAGGGUCCCAGCCACCCGGUUGGAAGAGUGGGACCCUAUGCCAAAACCCAAGCCAUACGUGUCAGACCACAAUCGCCUCCUUCACUUGGCCACACCCAAGGCCCAGUCGAACCAGUGUGUUCCUGACCGAGAUCCACGCUGGGAGGUGCUGGACGUCACCAAGAAGGCAGUGGCCAGUCCCCGGAUCGUCUCCCUGGCCAAGCCCAAAGUGCGCAAGGACCUCAACGAGGGCUACGACCCCUACCAUAUUUCCCCAGCAUCCCUGGUUGCUCGGGCAUCCCCUCGGCUGUACGAGCUUGCCACCCCCAAGAACAUCACCAAAAAAGUGUGA